AGCUCUGGCGCAGCGAAUGUGCCGCGCGUACUUCUGCUCUACGAUGUCGAGCGUGUCCGCGAUCAAUUCUGCGCCAACGCGCGGCGCCUUCUAGACGCCGCAUUGGAAGAUCCUCAGGCCAGAUCCAAGAACGGUCAAAUUGCGCACAAGGCCCUCCGCUACCGGAAAAUGACCCAUCGCCUUGAGGACGUCGACCCCCGGGACCAAGCUUUCGACGUCUCGGCAUUUUUUGGAGUCGAGUGG